AUGAAUCUGAGCUGCUCACUCGUGGCGCUCCUCACCAGCCUUCUUGGCCUUGGUGGUUUUAUGGUGGCCAGCCACUAUUACAAGCACAUCCAGCAGGAUGACUCGGAUGACUUCACCGAGGGCAUUCCGAUGAGGCACCAUGGCUAUGGCCACUCGCCUCAUUCCAUGGAGCGCAUGAAGAAACGCUGCGAUGAAGGCUUCAAGAUUAUCAAAUGCCACAGGCAAUGUGGAGAGGACAUGGCAUGUCAUGACAGCUGCCCGCUGCCUGAAUGCCCCAAGAUGGCCGCCAGAGUAAAGGGAAUCAUACAGUGCAAUGCCAAGUGCGGUUCGGACUUCGCCUGCCGCAACUCCUGCAACGUCCCAGUUUCCAACCGAGAAUCUGUGGCCCCCAUGUUGCGUGGAUCCCAGCCCAAGCAAUCCACGGAGGAGUUCAUUACUUGCGCAAUGAAGUGCCAUGACAAGGAUUGCUCAGACAAAUGCUCAGCUGCCUGGAAGGAAUUGCGCAAGGAUUGCUCUGAGAUGGUUCACAUCAUGGGCUGCCACCAAAAAUGCCACCACGACUCCAAGUGCCAUCGCCUUUGCCCUCGUCCCCACCUGCCCUGGCUGAACCAGAAGGUGGAGGCAUCCCACCGUUGCCACCAGCAGUGUGGUGACAGGGAGUGCCACCACAAGUGCCAAUGCCCCUUCGCUGAGAUGAAGCAGAAGUGCGCCAGCUUGGGUCCGGAGACGGGGACUUGGAAGAUGACUGAGGAGGUCACGGUAUAA